CACGUCUCAUUACAGAUCAAUCGCGUAAUCCGGGGGUUCACAGAUCACAGGAACGUGGCGAAUGGCCCAAUAAUAUACUACCAAACCCUUAGCAAGUCGUCGACGGAGACGAAGAUUUUCAUCUUUAUGACGUUGUCCCUUGUUUGCGAUACUCUUCUGGUAUGUCGGGUAUUCGUAAUAUGCGACCGCAAGUACUAUGCAGUAGCCCUCCCGUCUAUACUAUUGUUAGUCGAUACCGUGCUGUCCGCGUGGUACAUAUGGACCCUCUCGCAGAUUGGUUUAGUACGACCUUUGAAGGGAGUGGUAGUCACACGAAUCAACUACGUCUAUGUCGUCACUCUGGCGCUGAACCUGGUUUGCACAGCCAUGAUCUCAUGGAAAAUCUGGGCCACUCGCAAGAAGCUACCUGGACCUGCUGUGGCAGGAAUCGGUAUUACAGGCGUCAUUGCUGUUGCCGCCGAGUCAGCGGCUAUAUAUCCCUUCAUCCUCAUCGCAGUCCUCGUGACAAGCCUCUUAGGCACAACUAGACUGUGGAUAAUCUUUGACCCCAUGUGUCCCAUCCUCGGUAUUAUAUUUUCAGCUGUGAUGAUGCCUACGUCCGAGGAUCGUUUUUCUAACACCUUCGCCGUCGGAGAUUUGUCCCUCCGGACACCCUCUCAAAUGGAACUAUCACGCUCAAAACACCAACGAGCUGUAGCGGCAAACCGGAGAAGUCUUCCCGCUUCCAGCCGGACCUCAGUGCCGGGGAGAACGCAGAGCUCACGCGAGCUCUCGAUCAACUCCUCUCAGGACGAACCGCUUGCUGUCAGCACGUCCGACAACUUGACAACGUCCCAGGCGUCGUGCCAAGGAUCGGAGGUAUAGCCAAUACGCUGGAUGGCCUUAGGCUAGGAUCUUCUUUUUUGAAGCUGUGUGUGCAGCUUAUGCUCCUGUUUAUUUGCGACUGUCAUCGUACUCGCUGCAGUCUGUUGUGUGGGUGGCUCGCGGGCUAUUUCUGCGGCUUUACGUGUGUCCUAAUGUACUGGCGCUUAACCAUUGAUGGUUUCCUGCUAUAUGGAGGCUUUUUC